AUGAAGAUUUAUUUGAUUUUUUCAUCACGUGGCGCUCAAUUGAAUCACUCACAAGCUCCACUGAAGGUUUUGAAUCAAAAUACUGGAGAAACUCUUAAUUCUUUAGGUUUGUGUGAUUGUUUAUUGCAUAAUCUUGAAUUUAAAUGUACGCCCCAAAAUUUUGAUCACGCAAUGGAAAUUAAUAGCGUUUCAGUUUGGUGUUUUAAUAAACCGCAACAUAAUCUGAUUCGAGGUUUCAACGCUCUACGAAUGAAGUUUGGAAUGUUGCCAAUUAUUCAAAACAUCAUCGCCAAUCGGAAGCACUGUGAUGGAUACCAGAAGAGUUCCCAAGCAAUGAAAAUAGAACUGGAUUCCACGCUCACACAAUGCGCCAUUACUGAAUUGUGGUUUUUAUUUACUUUAAAUUAUUGCGGUGUGGAAUGUUUUUGGCAACUACGAAUGAGAAAGCAACAAACUGAUGUUGUAAACUAUGCGAAAAUUGAUGAUGAACAAUUGAGAAAAACUGAAUUCAAGUUAGAUAAAAAACAGGAAGUAUUUAUGGAAUUUCAAACGAAGCCCCAUCAUCACCUCAGUCAGUGA